AUGGCUGAUGAAUCACCAGCGCAGCGAUCUGCUCGCCUGCGCCGCGAACGCCGCGAGGCCAAAAUCAAGGAAGGAGGCUCAGCGCGCCUGGACAAGAUCACCAGUCUGAGUGGACGCACACCACAAGCAGAACGCGGGGAAGCUUCUCCCUCACCCCAACCGCCAACACCACAACAACAACUUCGCGCCUCACCAGCCCCGCAGCCAGACAUGGAAUCCCCAGAAGCCAUUCGGGCCCAGCAAGAAGCCUUCUUUUCGAUGCUCCGACAGUCCGCCCCAAACCCAAGCCAAGGAGUGCACGCAGACCCUCAAGCCCCGAAUUCCAUGCAAGCGCAGCAGGACCUGUUCCGAGCCAUGUUGAGACAAUCCGCACCCGAACAAGGUGCCGGAGAGGGUGCAGGUCCAGACGAGGAAGAUCCUACAAUCAAGCUCUUGAAUUCCCUGAUGGGCGCCAUUCCAGGUGGUGACCCCAGUGCCAUGGGAGCAGGAGCACCAUCAGCCCCAGGCGCAGGCGCCCCCGGUCUCGGCUCCUCGCUCCCAGCCAUCGCUACGAUGCUUGGCGUGCCACCCUUUCUGGCCAAUAUGCUUGGUGGACUUGGUGGACCUGCACCGACGGAAGCUGAGCAGAAGCGGGCGACAGUGUGGAAGACGUUGCAUACCAUCUUCGCGCUAGCGGUUGCUGGGUAUUUGCUGUUCAUUAUUGGGUCUUCGGUUGCGCUGUUCGGCAGUUCGCCGCCUCCACCUGCCACUGCGCAGAGUCCUUUUGCUAUCUUCGUCACCGGAGAGUUGCUUUUGACAGGGGGGAAGGUGUUGUUUGGUGGCAAGUCCGGGAUGGGAAUGGCGGUACAGUUGUUCCGGGAUGUGGUGAGAGAUGGUAGUAUUGUGCUUUUUAUGUUGGGAAUGGGGACCUGGUAUAAUCGGGAAUGGCAGGGCGUGGAACAAUAG